AGGAAUGGGUCAUCCCGUGGAGAAACGAGAUCUCUACGAUGCCGACCAUGGCAAGAAAGUCCUCAGCAUGGCUCCUGGACUCGAACGGCUCAAUAUCCUUCCUUUCAGGGUUGCUGCUUACGACAAGACACAAGGAAAGAUGGCAUUCUUUGAUCCCUCGAGACCUCAAGAUUUCUUGUUCAUCUCAGGGACUAAGAUGCGGACAUUGGCGAAGAACAAAGAGAACCCUCCGGACGGAUUCAUGUGCCCAGGUGGCUGGAAAGUUCUGGUGGAAUACUACGACAGCUUAACUCCUUCCGGCAAUGGCCGACUCCCCGAAGCUGUUCCCGCCUAAAAAAACACAUUACACAAACAUCAUAUUCGGGAGAGGAAGCCUUCUGUUGUUUGUAUAGGAAGGAGACAAACCCUAUUUAUGUUUUAUAUAUUUGCCCGAACUUCUUUCUGGGUUUCCUCGGCUC